AUGGCUUACGCAAACUUGCCCUACACACCAAAGCCCAUCACGGACAUCUUCACAGCGGAUACCGACAUUGACCGCAGAAAGUGCCAGCGUGUCGUGCCUAUGCGCGUUCUUGCCCUUGGUCUCGGACGUACCGGAACUGCUUCUCUGCGCACCGCUCUCAAGGAACUCGGCUUCGAUGACUGCUACCACAUGAUGUCUGCAUCGGUUGAGAACCCCCCUGACUGCCUCAUGUGGCAGGAUGCUUUUGCCGCCAAGUACGAUGGUGUUGGCAAAUUCGGUCGCGAGGAGUGGGACAAACUUCUUGGACACUGCCAAGCUGUUUGCGACUGGCCUGCUGUUGCCUUCGCCAAGGAGCUUAUUGAAGCCUAUCCUGAGGCCAAGGUUCUCGUCACUACUCGCAACGUCGACACAUGGCACGCCUCGACCAUGAAGACUGUUGACUGGCGCGCAAACGACCCUGAGCUCAAGAUGGUCUCGAGAUUCGACUGGGGUUCCGGUCUCUACCAGCCCAUGUUACGCAAGUUCUGGGAUGUCUUCUUCGGUGGUGACUUUGAGAAGAACGGAAAGCAAAAAUACAUCGACUACUACGACGAGGUCAGAUCUCUGGUCCCCAAGGAGAACCUCCUCGAGUACAGAAUGGGUGAGGGCUGGGAGCCUCUCUGCGAGUUCCUCGAGGUACCUGUUCCCGAGGGCAAGAAGUUCCCUCACACCAACGACACUGAUGGCUUCGUCGAUCGCUGCCGUGCUCGCAACCGCGCUCAGAUGAUGAACGUUGCUUUCCGCGCUCUGGUCGUUGGUGGCAGUGUUGCUGCUACAGCCUUCAGCGCCGCCAUGACUAUUCGUCGCUUCGUUGGCUCAAGAGGCUCUCUCUUGGCUUAA